AUGAUAGAAAUUGUGCCGGAUCUCGAGCUGGAACGCCAGCUGAAGAAAGUCGUUGAUGGAUUUUGGAUCGAUGCGAGAGAAUUUCUCGAGCAGUCUGGUUACAAGAUCCACCCCAAGUAUGACCCAACAUGGACGCCCACAACGGAACUCGAGGAGAAAGAAGCAGAUGUCCUUCUCCCACGUUUUACCCUUGCCUCUGCUGUACGCUUGAAAAACAAUGAGCCUGUAAUCUUGAAGCAAAUCGAGAUAAACACUUCAGAAUUCGAGUUGGCGGUAUUCUUUUCCAGUCCACCUCUAUCGACUGAUCCUCGAAACCACUGCGUUCCGAUUUAUGACGUUCUACAAUUUGGCAAAUACGGCAUUAUUGUGAUGCCGCAACUGAGACUAUUCAACGAUGCUCCCUUUGAUACAGUGGGAGAAGUACUCGAGUGUUUUCGUCAGAUAUUCGAGGGUGUUCAAUUCAUGCAUCAGCAUCAUGUUGCCCAUCGUGAUUGCACUCUGCGGAACAUUAUGAUGGAUCCUACAAAGAUGUACCCCAAAGGUUUUCAUCCGGGGAGGCCUUGGAUGGCAGCGGACUACAGCGAGUUUGUGUCCCCUAGGCUUACCCGGGCUCAAUGCUGGCCCAGAUACUACCUCAUCGACUUCGGCCAGUCUAGGCGCUAUGACUCUCCUGCAGGGAUCCCAGAUGAGCCCGUGGUAUGUGGUGAAGACAAGACAGCGCCCGAACACCACGAUGAAAGCCGGGACAGUUGUAAUCCUUUUCCCACAGACAUCUACUACCUUGGAAAUAUUCUCAGAGAGUACUUCAUCGAUACCACCAAGUACGGUCACGACAGAAGACUAGGUCUAGAAUUUUUACGUCCUCUAAUGCAAGAAAUGGUGCAGGAUGAUCCCACUCAACGCCCUACUAUCGACGAGGUGGUUAAACGAUUUCAUGACUUGACCCAGUCUCUCAGCUACCUGCACCUUAGGUCCUUAGUGCAGCUAUCGGAUGCCACUUCGAUAUGCUAUCCCAUAGACCACUUUGGGCGAUGGAUGAAAUUCACGAUGACGCUGAAACCGCCACUUCCCAGGGAUACCCCACCACCCAUAGCCGCGUUAUCUCCUGAUCUACGUGACUUUUAUACCCAAAAUCGAGAUAGUGGUUUGAAUCUCAGCUUUUCUUCUAGUUUUUCAUGA